GGUGUCAUCAGGUUUGGGCGCCAUGUGUUCACUCUUCGUCUCGCUGCCUGCCUCCGCAAUACACGAGCACAACCGACCCAAUUCUUCGUCCCCGCUGAGAUACGUCCCCAGUAAUCGUGUCGGUGCUCAUUCGUUGAAAAUCCAGUGAUCGUCGUGCCUGGCCACAGCGGAAGAGGCUUCGAAGGAAGGGAACUAUCAAAUGAGGACAGUCGUCUCGCGAUUGGUCCGUUCCAGAGCUUCCAUCUCCAAACUCAAUGCAAUUACUAUAGCCAAGAAUGGGAGAUAUCUCUGCACAGACUCUAAUAAGGUUGACGAGCCCUUCAAAGUCGAGGAAGCUGAGACCUUAAAUACUCCUCCACCUCCGACAGAAAAGUUGCUUGUGUUGGGUGGCAAUGGAUUUGUCGGUUCGCACAUUUGCAGGGAAGCCCUAGAUCGUGGUUUGUCUGUUGCUAGUCUGAGCAGGUCUGGUAGGUCAUCUCUGCAUGAUUCCUGGGCUAACAGUGUCACUUGGUAUCAAGGCAACCUUCUUUCAACUGAUUCUUGGAAGGAAGCUCUAAACGGGGUCACUGCUGUUAUUUCCUGUGUCGGUGGCUUUGGUUCCAACUCAUACAUGUACAAGAUUAACGGGACUGCUAAUAUCAACGCAGUUAGAGCAGCCUCAGAACAAGGUGUCAAAAGAUUUGUCUAUAUCUCUGCUGCGGACUUUGGUGUAGUAAAUUUCUUGCUGCGGGGUUAUUAUGAAGGAAAGAGAGCUGCAGAAACAGAGGUUCUGACUAGAUUCCCUUAUGGAGGGGUCAUUCUGAGACCGGGAUUCAUUUAUGGUACCCGAAGUGUUGGGAGGAUGAUGAUACCCUUGGGUGCAAUUGGUUCGCCAAUGGAGAUGAUUCUGCAACAUGCGGGACCGUUGAACCGGAUCCCACUUGUGGGGCCUCUGUUCACUCCUCCAGUCAACGUUACUGCAGUGGCGAGUGUUGCUGUAAGAGCUGCUACUGAUCCUGUUUUCCCCCCGGGGGUCCUAGACGUUCAUGGAAUCCAACGCUACAGUCAACAUAAAUCUAAGUAAAUAUGCCUUGUUUUCUACCUACUUUCUUGGUGAGUAUAAUACAGGGAAAUUUCCCUCCGAGUUGUUGACUCAUUAUUUGAACCGAGGAAUAUCAGUCCACUUCCUGUCACUGAAUAAGAUUACGUGUAACAAUUGUUUUAUCUUUCAAGGUUUUUCAUUUCUUUGUCAAAACGUAGCGGUAGAAGUUUUCUUUCUUUUUUGGACCAGGUCAUGGAAGAAUAUUUGGACAAACGCUUUUAUUUAGUGAUUCUUUUUUUCGGUUUAA